ACAGCACUCAGAGAUGAUAAACUGUACGGUUGCUCUUCUGCCUUUGAUCCCAAUUUACAUCUCAUCCUCGAGCUCUAUAGCACCUGGAUUCCAUGACUACGGCGUCAUACAACGGAAGUAUCGCUUCUCUGAUGACUGGUCUUGGUAUAUCAUCAAUUGCUUUCUUGAUUUUGACUGCGCAAGUCUGGAUCUAUUUCAGGAGACAUACCAUUCGAUCUCGAGAAAACUGGCAGAGCAAACUCCUCGUUGCCAUCAUUUGGUACAUCUCUCCAAUUGUGCACCUGAUGUGAGGACUGACGUUGUUUUAUAGGAUAAUGCAAGCUGCUCAAAUGACGCUUACUGGUCGGAUCGCGGGCAUUCAUAUAGUGGAUUUCGAGGAUUUUCCACAAUUCAUUCGCCGUGUGUCGACAGAAUGGGCAAUUUAUACUGGAA